AUAUCGUGUUAAUGAUCUAUAACCGCCGUAACACUGUCAAUCAAUUUAUAACACCUGUUCUUCUGAGUUAAAUAAUUAAUUAAAUGACUUAUCGUGUUGUUUAGUGGUUACUAGCUAAUAUUUAGUGCUCUAUAAUAACAGAAUAAUACUUGUUAUCGUUGCUCGUACAUUUUUUUAUUGCUAUCGACGGCCGUAAUCAACAAAGAUUGUUUCCGGACCGUUCUCGAACAUUGGCGUUUUCGACGCUCAAGAGCCAAGACCGCGUCUGUUUCGUGAAAUAACUCGCCACUUAUAGUAUUUUUGUCGUGUUUUUACCCGUUGGCGGUUUGUUGGGCGUUGUACUGCACACACUGAUGAGGAGGGUUCAUAAUACAAAUAUUGUACAAAUAGCACACAAAAACAAUCAUAUCUAAAUAGUAUGUUGAUAUGAUGGAAACUGAAACAAUAGUUAUGAGUAGUAGAAGACGAAUGGUGCUCAAACCACUUUCUCCAGGAGCAACUUUACAAUGUAAAGAACAGAAAUUCUCCAAUGAUACAAAUGAACAUGUUCCGAGUCAACCACCUGAUACACUCAUUUCUCCAAAAAAUGACAGGAAAAAAAUUUUGUUUCGAGACACUAUUGUUCCUGAAGUAAUACCUCCAGUACAGCGUAAUAAAGUUUUAUUAACAUGCACAAUCAACAAAGAUUUAACAGACUCUGAUGAUUCUGAUUCUGGCGAUUCUACAGCAAACAAUGUGCAGUCCAAUAAAUCACCAACAAAAAAUAUAAAACUAUAUUAUAUCAUUAUGUUUUUAUUUUGGGCAGCUGUUCAGUACUGGAUGAUUGCUGUAGUUGGGUUUGGAGCAGUAUUUUUUGCUAUUUCUGCUCUUAUUGCUAUUUAUUUUAAUACUUCAAACUCAGAAAAAAAACGUAAUGCUUUAAGUGCAUACUCUGUGUUUAAUCCUCAAUGUACACCUAUUCAAGGAUCAGUAGAUCCUAAACAAUUGGAACGUGAGCUGCUAUUUGGUUAAUUAUAAUGUUAAAUCAAUAAAAUAUGUUAUUAUACUUCUUUCAAUUAUUUAUGGUGUCUAAAUUGUUACUAUAACUUAAAACACACAUUUUAUUCAAAUCCUUGUUCAAAUACUUUUAUUUUUAACAUAGUUAAUCAAAUAUUUUUACAAUAAAAUAAAUAAAAUAUAUUUUUUUAAAGUUA